AUGCGACGCGCGAGCAAGGCCGCCGAGAGCGCGUCCGCACGUCUCUGUGCGGACGCCGAAGCAGAAACCACAGCAACUGAUGUCUCAUCGGUUGCUGAAGCGACCCAGCCUGUGUCACUUGGUGAUGCAGGCGCUGGUCAUGAAGACACUCGUGUCUUCACAGAGUACGAGCUCGGUGUCUCGUACUCUCCUGAUACGGAUGACGGAUCCGUAUCGACGGCGAUUGAAUCCAAGCCGCCUGCCAAGCGUGGCAUGGACGAUGCUUUGCGUCGCAGCAUCUUUGGUUCAUCUGAUGAAUCAGAUGAACCAUCGCCGAAGCGAAGGCGCUCGAGGUCGCGAGACUCGGGCGCUAACAGUGGUGUCGGUUCUCCUAUGGACACCACUUCGCAACGAGGUGCCAGUACUUCUGUCGGCACAUCGCAGGAAGAGCGGGACCGCAAUGUGUUGCGUCUCGCUCCUGAGAAGAAGGCAUGGAUGCCUCCCAAAUCUUGUCGUGGAUCACUUGUCGGCGACGACGAGUGA